AUGGAUUCCGCCGCCUCUACCCCCAGCGACGACUUCGACUCCGAUGGUCCCUUUGACUCUCCCUCACCCUCCUCGCCCGUCAGUGGCCACGAUACGAGGCCUGGCCUUGCCCCUACUUCCCCUACAGACGGCCGUCCUCCUCCUCGUUCUGUGUCCACUGGCGCUACCGCAACCGCCAACAUGACGUUCUCUUCCACGCCGCUUGGCAAUAUCAAUGCCGCACGAAAUCCACGCGCAAACGCACCCACCAUCUCUAGCCGGGGAAGUGGUCUUAAUGUCUCGCAGGAUAUACUAGCCAGGAUACAAGCAGUCCAUCUCGGUCGACAAGGUGCGCCACCGGGCAGAGCACCGAGCCAACCUAACGUCAUGUCGCCGGGCGCUGGUGGCCCCGCAUCCCCAGGCGGUCCCAUGAUGGGCAAUCCUGGUGGUGUCCCCGCCAAUUUUCGCCUGCCUCAGCAGGCCAAACCAAGCAUGCCCAGCUUUCGUUCGGCGCCUAUCAUACCUGGUAGAACGGGUGGUGCGGCGAAACCUUCACUUGCAGAGAAGCGAGGGCUAAAGCUACCAGGUGGAUUGCCGGGAGGCCUCUCUGGAUCACCUGCACCUAGCAACGGCACCGGCGCUCCUGCUGGCAGGAAGAAGCCUGGUCUCACUCUCUCGCAGAUGAACGGCGACAAACCCCAAAAUGAACCCCCUAAGCAGGAGUCCAUGAUGGAUAAGUACGCCGAGUUCAUCGACACCAAGACUGGAAGUCUGAAAUUCAAGGGCAAAGCUGUUCUGAAUUCCGAAGGCGUACAAUUUGCAAACGGCAUCUCCUUCAAUAUAUCGUUAGACGAAGUUGACACGCUCGACGAACUGGGCAAGGGCAACUAUGGCACCGUGUAUAAAGUCAGACAUGCUCGACCCCGAAUGAGGAAACCAGGACAAGGUUUGGCAGGCAACAAGGCUGCACCUGGCUCGCCGUCGCGUAAGACCUUCGAGGGCGAGGAGUCCAGUCCGACCACCAACAAGACAUCAGGUGGGACCGGCAUCGUAAUGGCCAUGAAGGAGAUUCGGCUGGAGUUGGACGACGCUAAGUUUGCGACUAUCAUCAUGGAAUUAGACGUCCUUCACCGCUGUGUAUCCCCGUAUAUCAUCGACUUCUACGGUGCUUUCUUCCAGGAGGGUGCCGUGUACAUAUGCAUGGAAUUCAUGGAUGGCGGCUCACUAGACAAGCUAUAUGGUGACGGGGUUCCGGAGAACGUUUUACGGAAAGUCACUUUGGCCACUGUCCAAGGCCUCAAGUCGCUCAAGGACGAUCACAACAUCAUUCACCGAGACGUAAAACCUACAAACGUCCUUGUCAAUACAAGAGGUCAAAUCAAAAUCUGCGAUUUCGGCGUCAGCGGUAAUCUGGUCGCAAGUAUUGCGAAGACAAACAUUGGGUGUCAAAGUUACAUGGCACCGGAAAGAAUAUCCUCUGGUGGAAUGGCACAGGCAGGAGCAAAUCCUGGCGGUGGCACGUACAGCGUGCAGAGUGAUAUUUGGAGUCUCGGUCUCACCAUCAUCGAAUGCGCAUUAGGCCGAUAUCCGUACCCCCCAGAGACGUACAACAACAUCUUCAGUCAACUCAGCGCUAUUGUGGACGGUGAUCCUCCAGAUCUUCCCGAUGAGGGAUAUUCGGAAGCAGCUCGUGACUUUGUGCACGAUUGUUUGAACAAGAUUCCAAAGAUGCGCCCGACAUACGCAAUGCUUCUGCAACAUCCUUGGCUUGCACCUCUUAUUAAACCAGAGACUAUUACGGAAGAAGAGGAGGAGGAAGUAGAAGCUGCCGUCGCUGCUGCGCCUGACGGGGCUGCUGGCGACAAAGGCGCCCCCGAAUCGAUCGAGCCCGUACAUGACCAAGAAGUAGCAGAUUGGGUGAAAGCUGCCAUUGAAAGACGGCGGCAAGGAAAGUCAGGCAAAGGAGUUGAGAAGCCUGCCUUGCAUGCAGCACCAUUAGACGCAAUCAGCCCUCCGCUGAACGGCGGCCCCAAUGGCCUAGAUGAAGCAGUGCCGGUAGCAUCAACAGAAGCAGCAUAG